UAUGGCGAUCAGUCAGUGCGUGAUCGUUCGUAGAGAAAGUUUAGUGUUUAACAAUUAGUGAAAUCAAUUAGACACUUUUAUCCUAAAAAUUUGUUUGGCUUAUUUUUUGUUUCUAAUCCUUGAACUUUUACUCAAAAUUGAAGUGAAAAAUGCCUGCAAGAAAGCAAACGAUACCACACACCGUUAAUCCCGAUCUGCAAAGGGAACGUCAUGCGGCCAGCUUUCGUAUAGAUGAGUUUAGCCGCUGGUGGCAUGGAGGCGCUGAGAAGCUACGCUUCAAAAGAGAAUUGGAACAAGAAAUAUUGAAUGACAUGACCACUCACAAUACACUGUUGCACUAUAAAUCUCAUGAGGAAAUCAGCGAAAUAGCAUUGAAGCAAUCACUCGACGUAGCGAAAAAGCUGCGUGCCAUGCAGGACCGUAUCAAUCCCGGCGGCAAUGACAUAUGGCCCAAACUUUACGGGACCUCUGCGAUUUGGGGUGCCAUGCCCGCUGGCAACCCAUUUGGUGUACAGUUUGCUAUGGUGGUUGACGCGAUUAAGAUGCAUGCGACCGACGAACAAUGGGAACGUUUUGGUAAGCGCGUGGAAAAUUUCGAAAUCUGUGGCACUUAUACGCAAACCGAAUUGGGUCACGGCACAUUCCUGCGUGGGCUGGAGACGCGUGCUGAUUACGAUCGUGUCAAGGACGAAUUUGUGCUGAAUACACCGACGUUGAGUGCAUAUAAAUGGUGGCCUGGUGGAUUGGGUCACUGCAGCAACUUUUGCCUGCUGGUGGCACAGUUGUACAUUGACAACGAGCCGAAGGGUGUGCAAAUGUUCUUUGUGGAGUUGCGCGACGAGGAAACACAUAUGCCCUUGCCAGGUGUUGAUAUCGGUGAAAUUGGGCACAAAAUGGGUUUCUAUGGCGUAAGUAACGGCUUCUUGGGCUUGAAAAAUGUUCGCAUACCACGCACUAAUAUGCUAAUGCGCAAUGCUAAAGUACUACCUGAUGGCACAUUCGUUGAGAGUCCCACCUCUGUGCUGUUAUACUUCUCGAUGGUGAUGAUGCGUUGUGCGAUAACGCAAAAUAACGCAACCCUUCUCGCUAUGGCAGCUACAAUAGCAACACGCUACUCAGCUGUGCGCCGUCAGAGUCCGAUCAAUCCCAAUGAGAGGGAGCCACAAAUUUUAGAUCAUGUAACACAACAGCUCAAAAUCUUACCCGAAAUUGCAACUGCUAUCGCUUACCAACUCUCUGCAAAAUCUUUAUGGGCCUUGUAUCAUGAAACCUAUGCCGGCAUUGAACGCAGCGAUUUCACACGUCUACCGGAAUUGCACAACCUGGCGUGCGCUCUGAAAGCGCUCUGCAGCUCCGACUCUAGUACGGGAGCCGAACGUCUACGAAUGGCCUGUGGCGGUCACGGCUACUUGACCUCUGCCAAUAUGCAUGUGAUCGUCGCAUCCGCAGCAGCGGCCUGCACUUAUGAGGGUGAGAAUACGGUGCUACUGCUGCAAGUUGGACGCUUCCUCAUGAAGUCAUGGCGCGCGGCUAGCGAAGGCAAAUCAUUAACACCGACAGCAAGUUAUUUGACCGCACCGGCACAAGGUAAAACUUUUGGUCGAUGGACUGGCGAAUGGGCGAAUAUUGUUGCGGCGAUACAGUAUGCGGCAGCAAAUAAGGUGCGCUUGGCUUUCGAGAAUAUGUCGCAGCGUCUGAAGCAAGGCCAAACCGAGGGAGAGGCGGCCAACCAUACGGGCAUUGAACUAACGAAAGCAGCAGAGUUACAUGGCCGUUCUUUUGUCGCCGCCACAUUCCUAGCUCAUGUUACCGGUCCCGAAGCUGCUGAGCAUUCUGCUGCUUUCAAUAGAGUGCUGCAGAAUCUUUUGGAACUAUACUUAGUGCAUACAGCGCUACGUCAUUUGAGUGAUAUACUACAGUGCAUCAGUUUGAGUGAAGUUGAAUUGCGCGCGCUUCAGACUCGUCUUGAGACCGUUUUGAAGAAAUUGCGUCCUGAUGCUGUACCAAUCGUCGAUGGUUUUGACUUCCACGAUCGCUCUUUGAGCUCGGCGUUAGGCGCAUAUGAUGGCAAUGUCUAUGAGCGUCUAUUCGAUUUGGCUAAGCAGAGCCCAUUGAAUCAGCAGCCAGUGCCGAAAUCAUUCCACACAGUUCUCAAACCUUUCCUCAAGUCUAAUUUAUAAACCAACUGAUGUGUGCUUUUCUGCAU